AUGGUUACUAUUUAUAGUUAUUUUAAUAAAGAAAGUAUUGAAGUUUCUGCUGCAAAAAGGAGAUUUGGGGGUGUUACAUUUUGGUGGGGCUCUAGUGACACUACUCAGAAAAUACACUGGCAAAAUGGGACCUUCUUUGUCAACCUAAGGGUAAGGGAAGAAUGGGAUUCCGUGACCUUCGCUGCUUUAACCAAGCUUUACUUGCAAAACAGUUUUGGUGCCCUCAUCAUAAUACGUAAUCUCUUUUGCCUGCAGUUCUUAAAGCGAAGUAUUAGACCCUCUCCAAUGAAUUGUGAUGUAUUGGAGGCAAAUGUGGGAUUUGAUCCUAGUUAUGCUUGGAGGAGUAUUUGGGGUGCUAAAGCUUUACUUCUUGAUGGGUUGAAGUGGAGAGCGCGAAAUGAUAGUGCAAUUAGUGUAUGGAGAUAUGCUUGGUUGCUAGGUAACACUUCAACAUUGGUUCCUACCUCUUCGGUUGUUAGCAACAUAGACUUAAGAGUAAUUGACUUGAUCGAUCAUACUUGCAAUGCAGUGAAUAACACCUUUAUUGCGGAAGAACGACCACUUUUUUAG